AUGGCCCCAAGACACCUUCUCCGGGUUGUAGCGCCCAUCCGGACCAUCUCGUCUCCCGUCGUUAUCACGCGGUCAAGAAUCACUCCUAGCCUCUCAACACCCAUAACAAGUCGAUCAGUCUCGGCCUCAGCUACCCAGUCCUUUCCGGAAUCCUCACCGUCUGCUCCGCAAUCAUCAAACACGAUCAGCCACAAUGACCUCAAACAGCCUUCCCUUCUCCACAACUACCCUUACGCCCUGAAAACCGGUACCGUCGAAUCCGUCGGCCGCAUGGACCGCACCGCCAGGGUCACGCUCCGCACUCGUGUCUGGGACAAGCGAGUCCACAAAUAUUACCCCAAAGACGUCAGUUACCUGGUGUCCGAUCCCCAGAACUCGCUGCGCGAGGGCGAUGUAAUUGAGUUCUCCUCUGGCGCCCCCAAGAGCCGGCACGUCCACCACGUGGUCGAGCGCAUUAUUACGCCGUUCGCCGUCCCUAUCGAAGAGCGCCCCCCUGUCCUAUCUCGCGAGGAGCGUGAGCGCGAGCGUGAGCGCCGCUGGGCUGAGAAGUAUAUUCGCCGCGAGUCCAGGCGGCUGGGUGAGCAGGUGGACCUGGCAGCUAUCGCUGAGCCCUUGAUCGGAGCGGAGGCGCGGGAGCUCUCCAACGCUCAGUUGAUUCAUCUCAUCCACCGUGGCAACGAGCGAGUAGGCAAGGUGAAGAAAUUGGUCUCGGAGAGGUUGCUCGAAACUGCCCAGGAGGAAAUAGAAACACUGCAAGCAGAGGCUGAAACGUCCCAGCAGGAGACCAAAAAGGCAGGGAAGAGGACCGAGGACGAGGUGGCUGUGCAAAAUUGA